AUUGACUUGACCGAAAAGGCGAAAACCCUCAAUAAGGUCGUCUUCUUCAGGUCUUUCAGGCAAGAAAACAUUUGGACCGAUUCUCUGAUACUGAUAGUAAAACAAAAUGAAUCCGGUAGACCGUCGAAUUACCUGAGCCGCCGGCGGGUCUGAAUCUCCGAUGUGUUAUCUCCACCGAUGACGGCGGAGAAAGGCUGAAGAAAUCAAGCCUCCACCAGCACAUCUAUAACGUUAAAGUAGAGUAGAUAGCGCAAAAAAAAUGUCUACUGUAAAAUUGUUAAUACAGCCCAUUAUUAGGGUUUCUUGGAUCUCGAUAAAAUCCCUUCCGCAUUUACGCCUCUCCGGGACCAGCAUUUGUGGAAAUGGAGCUGUACAGACAUGGCUAAACAUCCUCAAGCUUAACGUGCAUAAUAUGAUUCUGCCCACUCCUUACUGGAAUCUUUUAGUCCGGAGAUAUCAUCAUUUUCCCCAUGGUGUUUUCCUUUAUUCAGGAGGCACAGUUGCUGUAUAUACAUUACUUCGAUUGUCAGUAAUAGUUGGAUCAAUCAGAGGUCGGCCACGCAUCGCUUACUGUACAGAUGGUUUUGAGUUUUUGGAUGAUGAUCUUCCUUUCAGUAUGUCGGGAAAUUCAGACUCCGAUGAAGAUGAUCGUGAUUUUGUGACUACUUUAAGGAAAUUCCUGAUGCCUGUUUUCUGCUUACUUACCGUCCUGGUGAACUGGGGUCAGCCUAUGGUUAUUGCUGCUAAGCUCACUUUCCUUCUUUAUGCCACAAGACCUACCCCUUUAUCUGUGUAUCUUGUUGUUGAACAGCCGUGCUAUGCCAAGAAUGUCCAAGUGGAAGACUGGGUGUUUCUCUGUAUCGCUAGGGUCGAAUUGGAUGAUCAGAAUGUCACUCUUCUUGGGAUUCUUGGAAGUUGGUGGAUGUUGCCCUGUUCGUCUUUGCUAGAACCGUGGAAGGAGCUUUAUCAACAUUCAACAAUGAGGAAUGAGGAAUAACUUUUAGUCAGAUAACCUUCAAGGGUAAUUUUUCUGUCUCCCCCGUGCAAAAGAUCAUCGAAGAUUGAAAUGCUCUCGACAUCUUUGGUUGUCGGGCUAAAGUUUGGCCAAAUCAUGGAUAAAUCACAUACAGACUGGGAUUGCCAAUCAUCAUAUCCAUUGAUGUGUGCAGAAGACAAUUCAGAAGAAAUUCUGACUGGAUUUUGUUGAUAUUCCUUUCUGUUUUCCACCCAAGAAAGAAACAAACGACUCUGCGCCUUGUAAUUUUGCGAGGAUCUUGUUGGGGAAGGAUAUUGCUUUUUGUCGCCAAGAGUUACUAGAAGGGUUUUUCAGUUUUUUUUUUCCCCUUUACUGCAUAUGAUCAUGUAAAUAAGGAAUUAAAUUCCCUACUUGAUUUGUUACAUUUUGUUGAAUAAUAAUACUCUUUUUAUUCUAAAAAAUAGUUCACAUUUAGGUUUGUGAUCGACUAUUUUUCUAGUAUAUAGAGA